CCAAGCUGUUUUUUCUGUAUUGUAGGAGAUUUCAGUAUUAAACAGGUCAGGUAGUUGAGAGUUUUAAAUUUGAAUUCAAGCAAGGAGAAAUGGUCUACAGUAAUAAAAGGUAUCUCGUUUACAGCACUGUUUACUCUCUAGAUCAGGGAGGGCCACUGCUGGCCUGCCAGAUCAAUUCAUUUAGACCACCAACACUUUACAGAUUAUUUAUUCUGCUGCAAUAUUUUUGUAUUAUUACUUGUUGUGAUAAACAUGCUGUGAUAAUAAGGUGCUUGUUCAAUGUAUUAAUCCUCUGCUCUUCUGCACAUGGAAGUGAAAGAUUUAAGAUAAUGUAUGUAUUUAUUUAUUUAUUUAUUUAUUUAUUUUGUAUUUAAAGGUUAUGUGCUGUGAGGGGCUUUUAUAUUUGAGAACACUUUGGUUUUAUACUGCUGCUGCUAAUACAUUUUUAAAUUGUAUGUUAACAUGCUGUAUAGAAGCACAAAUAUAUUUGUCAAUAUGGAGCCUCCAAGAAAAUGACGCAUGUCCCAUUAAAGGGUUUUAGUGGAUUUUGUGGCUCUCCACUCCCUCAGUGUCCAUCCCUCCUCUAGAUGAGGAAGAACAUCCCAAAUACAUUGACUUUCAUCUAUUUAACAUUUCUAAUAUAUUACCUUUUCCUGUUAAUGUAAUAUAUAUGUGUGUUAUGCACUGUAUAUAACGUGCGUAUUUAAUAUGUGAGAUUGUAUGCACACUGACACCUUUCACUUGUUUUCCCAUUGUGCUACCAUACAGUGCAGUGUAAUCUUUGUAAAGUAGAAGUAUCAAAAAAGAAACAUACACUGUAUCAUGAAUUAUAUUUAACAUAUAAAUAGAUCAUCGUGUCAGUAUAAUACUGUAAAACACUUGUUUUUCACAAACCACCCCAAACUGGUUUUCUCAGGCUGGUCAUGUGCCAAUAGAGGGGGGAUGAACUGAAUCCCUAGAGCCAGAACACACCUCCUUAUGUGGGUGUGUCUCUGCUGUAAGUCUGGAACUUUACCAGAAACACAGCUGAAGAGCAGAGCUGAUGAGGAGGUAUCUGCUCAUGAAUGUUACUCUGGGAGCUCAUUGAAGACAUUGCCUAGGAGGCCCACUCAAUAUAGACACUACGAGGGAAGCUCACUCACUAUAGACACUACGAGAGGAGCUCACUCAUUAUAGACACUACGAGGGAAGCUCACUCAUUAUAGACACUACGAGGGGUCCACACUCACUAUAGACACUACGAGGGAAGCUCACUCACUAUAGACACUACGAGGGAAGCUCACUCACUAUAGACACUACGAGGGGUCCACACUCACUAUAGACACUACAAGGGAAGCUCACUCACUAUAGGCACUACGAGGGGUCCACACUCACUAUAGACACUACAAGGGAAGCUCACUCACUAUAGACACUACGAGGGGUCCACACUCACUAUAGACACUACGAGGGGUCCACACUCACUAGACACUACGAGGGAAGCUCACUCACUAUAGACACUACGAGGGGGGGUUCGCUCACUAUAGACACUAUGAGGGGUCCACACUCACUAUAGACUCUACAAGGGGGCUCACUCAAUAUAUACACUACGAGGGGUCCACACUAAAUAUAUACACUAUGAGGGGUCCACACUCACUAUAAACACUACAAGGGGGCUCACUCAAUAUAUACACUACGAGGGGUCCACACUCAAUAUAUACACUAUGCGGGGUCCACACUCACUAUAGACACUACGAGGGAAGCUCACUCACUAUAGACAUUACGAGGGGUCCACACUUACUAUAGACACUACGAGGGGGCUCACUCACUAUAGACACUACGAGGGAAGCUUACUCACUAUAGACACUACGAGGGGUCCACACUCACUAUAGACACUACGAGGGGUCCACACUUACUAUAGACACUACGAGGGGUCCACAUUCACUAUAGACACUACAAGGGGUCCACACUCACUAUAGACACUACGAGGGAAGCUUACUCACUGUAGACACUACGAGGGGUCCACACUCACUAUAGACACUACGAGGGAAGCUCACUCACUAUAGACACUACGAGGGAAGCUCACUCACUAUAGACACUACGAGGGGGUAUGGAUGUGCUUUUGGUUCAUGUAUGAAUGUUUAAAUGCUAUGCAGCUGUCAGCAUUAAAUGUUUAAACCAUAUCUACACACACACACACACACACAGAGACACACACACACACACAGACACACACACACACACAGACACACACACACACACAGACACACACACACACAGAGACACACACACACACACACACACACACACAGGCAGACACACACACACACACACACACACACACAGAGACACACACACACAGAGACACACACACACACAGAGACAGACACACACACACACACACACACACACACUCUUCAUAUUAAAUUCUGAUGUAUAGUGACAGCCCUGGUUAGUAUUUUCUAAGCAAAGAAACCCUAAAUAAGCAAAUAACAUUUUAACAUCACAACGUAAAAAAUAAAUAAAUAAAAUAAAUAAAAACAUGUACACACCAGAGUAUAUAUUGAAAUUAGAGCUGUCACUCGCUUCAAAUUUUCUGAUCAGUUAAUUUAUGGCAUGAGUUGAUUAACCGGUAGAUUCAUCCGCGCACAUUCUUAAUAAAGGGUUUUUUUUUUUAAUAUAAAGAUCUUAUAGCGCCAGUCCUGCAUGUAAUACUAAAAACUCAAUGACUCAAAAACAAACAAUAAAAAAUUAAUAAUAAAAAAUCCCAAUGGGAAUCUGGUAUUUUUAAAAGCAUUUUGUAUUAUUAUUUUUCUCUUAGUAAAUGUCUCUCUUUGUAUUCACACUGCACUAUUGAGAUGUACCUGCGCUAAACAAUAAACAAAACUUUUUUUUUUAACAUAUUAUAUCAAAAGAACAAAACCAAUAAAAAUAAUAAUGAAUAAAUAAAUAAAUAAAUAAAAAUACAUUGUUAUAUUAACGGUAGUGUUCAGGGAUAGGUGCCCCAAACGGGAAAUCCACACACACACUAUAUAUAUUAAAUAUCCCCUUCUGUUGACAAAUUACAUAGAUAUCAAGGACAUUUUAUUUUUAUUUUAUAAAAGUGUACUGGUAAAUUAAAGCCUAUACACACAAGGGGGCUCCCGAGUGGCGCAUCCAGUAAAGGCGCUCCUCGCAGGAUGUGCCCUAUAGCCUGGAGAUCGCUGGUUCGAGUCCAGGCUAUGUCACAGCUGACCGUGACCGAGAGUUCCUAGGGGGCGGCGCACAAUUGGCUGAGCGCUGCCCGGGUAGGGAGGGCUUAGGUCGGCAGGGGAAUCCACGGCUCACCGCGCAUCAGCGACCCCUGUGGCCGAUAGGGCGCCUGUGGCUCUGCAGCGGAGCCGCCAGAUCUGUGUUGUCCUCCGGCACUAUAGGUCUGGUAGCAUUGCUGUGGAUCUGCAGUGCGAAAAAUGACGGCUUGGAAGGAGCACGUUUCGGAGGACGCGUGUUCCAGCCUCCGUUUCCUGAGUCGGCGGGGGGGUUGCGAGCGGUGAGCCGGGGCUACAGAUAAUAAUUGGGCAUGCUAAAUUGGGGUGAAAACCGGGGUAAAAAUAAUUGGCGACGACUAAAUUUAUAAAAAAAAUAAAAAUAAAAAAUAAAAAAAAAGCCUAUACACAAUUUAUUUACACGUAUGCAUUCUUUCAUUCUUUGAAUUAAUAUAAAAAUUUAAAUAAAUGUCAGCCAAAGCAUUCUGUUUAUUAUCGAUGCUUGUUUUCUUUUCGACAGUAAUUUUUACAGUAAUUUUUAAAUGUUUUCAUUGCAAAUGGUGAAGCACUGAACGUGUGUUUGUGGUACAGCAAUUUUGUUUGGCAUAAUUAUUUACAUACCACGGUUUUCUCAUCCGGAUCCCCAAAAUACUUCCCAACGUGGCUUCGCUUCGUUCCUUUGUUUAUGAUGCCAUUUUAUAAAAAAUAUAUAACAAACUUCAGAAAACACGCUUUCAUUAACUUUAUACACCGUUGACUUAAUACUUUAGCAUGCCUACUACAGCAGAAAAACAGAGUGCACCAAUGAAGCGCAGAUCGACCGAGAUUAAAGCCCGCCCUAGUGUCAGUCUUUCUGUCACACCAAUUAGAAAAGCUACUUGCAGGCAAUUUUCAAACCCCUUCAUUUAUAUAAUAUCUGUCCUUACUGUGGCACUAGAGCAGGUGGAUAUAGGAAGACAAAUUAUUAAAAUUAAUACAUUAAAAAAUGACCGUUUGGUGAAAUUUGUCACGUGACUGAUUUAUACGUCUAGCAUCUUAUUCAAAGUUUCACCACGUCGUGGGAGUUUAUACAUUUAAACGUUUAAAAUUCCUAUCCCUACGAGGGGGGCUCCCUCACUCUAGACCAGGGGUGGGCAAACUACGGCCCGCGGGCCAAAUCCGGCCCGCGAGAGCUUUUCAUCCGGCCCGCGAGCUUCCUUGUGUUUUAACAAUAAAAGUACUAGAUUACUAUAAAUAGUACAAAUAUAAAAAUCCAUUAAAUCGAUCCAUGUUAUUGAUUGAUUUGGGUUAGAAAUAACUAAUUUACUAAUUUACUAGGCUAAUUCACGACCGACACAGACAGAGAUUGCAUUGCCAAAAACAAAGCGCUUUGCAACGUCUCACGUGGGGCGCAGUAUCUGUAUGACGUUUAUUCAUCUUUGCUAGAGUGCAUGCAAGCUUGCGAAACAGCCGUUUUGAAUUGCAGCAGCUAGGUUUUUGUUUUAUGCUUUCUGAAGAAAAAUGAGCACUUCAAAGAGAAGAAAAGUGGACAGUGAGUGUCGAGUUUUCAAAAAAGAGUGGAUUGAGAAAUAUUUUUUCACAAACGUCGACUCGAAGGCUUUAUGCCUGAUGUGUUCAAGGAGUACAAUUUGAAUCGCCAUUUUACAACAAAACAUCCUAAUUAUGGCAGCAACUUAACAACAGAAGAAAAGUCAAGAAAAGCUCAGAAACUCGCUUCUAAUUUAAAAUCUCAGCAAAACAUUUUUGUGCGACAAGCUGCGGUUCAGGAAGCCACUACGAAGGCAAGUUAUGUUUUGGCAUUCAAGAUAGCUAAACAAAAUAAGCCGUUUGCUGAAGGGGAGUUUUUGAAACAAUGCAUGGUCGAUGUUGCUGGCAUGCUGUGUCCUGAAUACAAAAAUACGUUUGAGAACAUUAGUUUGUCACGAAGAACUGUUGCUCGCCGUAUUGAAGUAAUUGAUGAAGACUUGGCCUCUCAGUUGAACAGGAAAGCACAGUGCUUCACGCUGUUUUCGUUGGCUCUCGAUGAUAGUACUGGCAUAAAGGACACAGCGCAGCUCUUGAUUUUUGUGAGAGGAAUUAACAACAAAUUUGAAAUCACAGAGGAAUUUUUAUUUAUGGAAUCAAUGAAAGGCACAACAAAGGGAUUGGAUUUGUAUGAGAGGGUGUCUGGUUGCCUUGAACGUCUGAAGCUCCCCUGGAGUAAACUCGCAAAUGUGACCACAGAUGGAUCGCCAAAUUUAACUGGGAAAAAAGUAGGACUUUUAAAAAGCAUUGAGGACAAAGUAAAAGAUGUAGACUCUGAGAAAGAAAUCAUUUUUCUGCACUGCAUCAUACAUCAGGAGGCACUCUGCAGAAAUGUUCUGGACAUAGAUCAUGUUGUUCACACAGCAGUGAAAAUAGUGAACUACAUUAGAGCAAGGGGGCUUAAUCAUCGGCAAUUCAUUUCCCUUCUUGAGGACACUGAUGCUGAACACCAGGACUUACUUUAUCAUACGAAUGUCCGCUGGCUCAGUUUAGGAAAGGUGUUGCAGCGAGUGUGGGAGCUUAGAGAUGAAAUUAACAUUCUUGGAAAUGCAGGGGAAAGAAAACGAUUUCCCGGAAUUAAGGAGUUCAAACUGGGUGUGCGACCUCGCUUUUGGUGUGGAUAUCAUGGCACAUUUAAAUGAACUUAAUGUGAAGCUGCAGGGCAAGGAUGUGUUUGUUCACGAAUUGUACUACAAUGUGAAAGCUUUCAAAGUCAAGCUCAUUUUGUUUUCAAAACAAAUGAAGAGCAAACUGUUCGCUCACUUUCCAACACUUAAACGUUUGGAAGUGUCGUCAGAGCGGGCAGACAGGUACAGCAACAUUCUGAGUGACCUGCAUGGAGAAUUUUCUCGUCGAUUCUCUGACUUUGAGAAGAUCGAGAAGACACUGGAGCUGGUGUCAUGUCCACUUUCAUUUGACUACGAGAAAGCACCAGAAGAAUUACAACUGGAGCUCAUCGAACUCCAGUGCGACUCCACUGUGAAGGAAAAGUACCAUUCACAAACACUGGACAAGUUUUAUGCCUCUUUGAAUUAAACAAAGUUCCCAAAUAUCCGCAACGUAGCCCAGACAAUUCUUGUGUUCGCCUCCACCUAUGUGUGCGAACAAACAUUUUCACUACUGAAUUUCAACAAAUCUCGCUACAGAUCCCAGUUAACUGACCAGCAUCUCAGCUCUGUUUUGCGGAUUUCAACAACAAGGACAGCACCGGACUUUGAUGCUAUCGUAAAGAAGGGCGACCAACUGCAUUGUUCACAUUAACAGCAAAGAGAGCGAAAAAAGAGGGUCAACAUGGAGACUAGUCAAUACAGCUGGGGAGCUCAUGCUCCCCUCAAACGGAGGAACAGCAUCGAUUGUCCAUUAAACUUCUUCCUUGACCCCGAUCCUUCUUAUCCCAACCCCCAGCACAGACGAGCGCCCCCUGAUGGCAGCAGCAGUAUCAAACUCAUGUCUAGAGGAGCACCCGGCACCAUGAUAGCCAGCCCCACUGAGAGCUGAACUGGAGAGGAGUUAAACUUUGUGUGUGUGUGUGUGUGUGUGUGUGUGUGUGUGUGCUCAGAAUGAUUGAGACAGGGUAAAACUCAAAAGCACCCAACCUGUGAGUGAGACUGGCCUGUAUUAGAGUGAGGAACACUGAUCAGGAUUUGUUUUGCAUGUGUUUUACACACUACCUCCCUGCAGUGGUAUCCCCUACACCUAAAGCUAUCUGCCAGUCUCCAAUGUUUCACAGCAAAGCUGGGCGCUCAGUCAAUGCCGUAUAAAAUGGCAUCAAUGCACUUUAACGUGCUGCUUUUGUUUUGUCUUGUUUGCAAAACUCUGAUGACAGCACUAUAGGAAGAGGCUAGCUUUCCUUCCUGUGUCACAUUUCUUUGAGCAGCGCAAAGCCUUAUCAUUUGGUAGUGGACUUGUGUGCUGCUAUACAUAUAUAUUUGCAAUAUAUUGCCUCUUGGGAAAGUCUCACAUGGCUUCAUAGGCACCCAGAAUGUAUAUUUGUAUGACAAUGUAUUUAUGAUAUUAUUGUUGUUUGUUAAACUGGGAGCUUUAUCGCAGGAUCUCAUAUUGAGAUGUCAGUUAUAAUGCUGAAGACAGUAUUAUUAGUAAUAUUACUAAAAUCUUUCAGCAUUUGCUGCAAAAACAUAAAAAAGAUAAAAAGAAGUUUCAAUUCAUUUUUUUAAUUGCAAUUUCUUUUUCACGCACAUUAAAUGUGCAUACCCCACGUGUAUGUAAUGUUAAAACUUUUGUUUGACAAAUUCUCACACACAAGGGAUUAAAAGAUAAAAGGAAGUUUCAAAUCAUUUUAAAAUCUAAAUUGCAACUUUUUUUCUUGCACACUGAUUGUAUACAAAUUAUUAUCAGGAUAAAAGGAAGUUUCAAUUAAUUUGUGUAAAAUCUGAACUGCAAUUUCUCUUUGACACAUUGAGCGUGUAAAAAAAACGUUUGGGUUAUUGUCAAGAAAGGUGUUUCUUAUGUAAUUCAGAGAAACAAAGAAAGAGAAAUAAAAAAAUGUUGAAUUGGAUUAAUCUGAAUUGCAAUUUCCUUUUCAUAAGCAGUUUAAUACAACUGUUUUGCACUGAAGGUAUCUGUAAUGUUGCCUUUAGUAUCACAGCCACUGGGGUCCUGUCAAUGUGUUUAAGGACAAUCAAUGUUUCAAUAUGAACUGUAACUCCUAAACAACAUGACGUGGCGAUUGUUAAAAAAUCUAAUAAAAUGUCUUCAUAGCAUCUUAUGAUUACCAAUGAAGCCGACAGGACCCCACGCUUGCACUGAGCUCCAACCACAGCUAAUAAAGUAAGGAGUUUGAAGAAGCGUAGAAUAUGGCUGAUUAUGUUAAAUAAACCCUGUACUCGAUUGUUCUGUGACGCUGGAAUUCUGUAUGAAAAGCUGUUUUCCUAACCUGUUUCCCUUCUUUUGCUAACCCCUGUGUCCUUUAACCCCUCCCCUGUGUCCCCUUGAACGAGGAAUUAAUGCAAUACAGAAUACACGUGUUUACAAGUUUGUACACCCUCUUGGUCUUACAAGGGUAGCAGACGGAGGUGUAAAAAACUGGUAAAUACAAGAUUGCAAGACUGCAUUUCAACUCCACUGACAGAGAUGUCUGACGGUUGAAUAAACACAAUCUUAUAUUGCUGGAGGGAUCCAACCCACACAUCAUUUAACCACUCCCCCAUCCAACCACCAUGCCCUUAAACCACUCCCCCAUCCAUCCACCAUGCCCUUAAACCACUCCCCCAUCCAUCCACCAUGCCCUAAACCACUCCCCCAACCAACCCACACAUCAUUUAACCACUCCCCCACCCAACCACCAUGCCCUUAAACCACUCCCCCAUCCAACCACCAUGCCCUUAAACCACUCCCCCAUCCAACCACCAUGCCCUUAAACCACUCCCCCAUCCAUCCACACAUCAUUUAACCACUCCCCCAUCCAACCACCAUGCCCUUAAACCACUCCCCCAUCGAUCCACCAUGCCCUAAACCACUCCCCCAUCCAACCCACACAUCAUUUAACCACUCCCCCACCCAACCACCAUGCCCUUAAACCACUCCCCCAGCCAACCACCAUGCCCUUAAACCACUCCCCCACCCAACCACCAUGCCCUUAAACCACUCCCCCAUCCAUCCACCAUGCCCUAAACCACUCCCCCAUCGAUCCACCAUGCCCUAAACCACUCCCCCAUCCAACCCACACAUCAUUUAACCACUCCCCCACCCAACCACCAUGCACUUAAACCACUCCCCUAUCGAACCACCAUGACCAUAAACCACUCCCCCACCCAACCACCAUGCCCUAAACCUCUCCCCCAUCCAACCCACACAUCAUUUAACCACUCCCCCAUCCAACCCACACAUCAUUUAACCACUCCCCCAUCCAACCCACACAUCAUUUAACCACUCCCCCAUCCAACCCACACAUCAUUUAACCACUCCCCCAUCCAACCCACACAUCAUUUAAACACUCCCCUAUCGAACCACCAUGACCAUAAACCACUCCCCCAUUGAUCCACCAUGCCCUAAACCACUCCCCCAUCCAACCCACACAUCAUUUAACCACUCCCCCAUCCAACCCACACAUCAUUUAACAACUUACCCCUCUGAUCCCACAUGCUUUAACCACUCCUCCUCUGACCCCACAUGCUUUAACCACUCCUCCUCUGACCCCACAUGCUUUAACCACUCCUCCUCUGACCCCACAUGCUUUAACCACUCCUCCUCUGACCCCACAUGCUUUUACUCUUUUCCUCCUUCCCCUUCCCACACUACCUUCCUCCCCCCACCAUGUUUGUGGUUUAGAACAUCUCAAAUAAACGAUGGAGAGAUAACAGUG